CGACUUCGAAUUUUUCAAGAAAAUUCGCAUCCAAAGCUGCAAUGAACAAUGAACGUUCGACGAUGACACCAUGACGGCACUUGCAAGCCCCUUAGACCAAGCACAAGGGGAAAGUGAAGCCGCCGUAUUCAUGCCUCCGAAUCGCCUCAGACUGAAGUUUCUCUUUUUGUUGGUUGUGAACUUAUGGUUUCCAGCGACUUCGUUGUCGCCGCGCUGUCAACACCGUGCAACUACCCCGCCAAGGUUGUUUAGCUGCAGCUCGGACAAGGAUUGGACGACGCUCCAUAAAUUCACGACGUUAUCAACGCCCUGGAUGGCUCUUCACGGCGAGAAGCUCUUGGAUGACAAAGGCCAACAGCUUGACUACUGGAGAGUGGAAAAAGAAGACUCUGCCAUUGUCGUGUCUCUUACGAGCGAUGAAUUUCUACUCCCAGAGCCAUCGUUUCGGCCAGGAGUUGGUCGGUGUACACUGGACUUUCCUGGUGGAAGGAUCCCUGCGAAUACAGACUUGACCGGUCCAGAAGUGGCAGCCCAAAUCGUUCAGCGAGAAUUAGGUAUUUCGGACGACUCUAUCGUUUCCAUCGCUCCCAUCAACGAAAAGGGAUGGCCCAUCAACAGUUCCUUUUCCAAUCAGCUGCUCUAUGGAUUUUUGGCAGUGUUAGAUUUGUCCAAUGAUACUGUGCUGAGCCCAGGCAUUCGAAAAUAUUCUACGAGUGCAGAGGGAAUGGAAGCCCUUUUAGAGGACCUGGAAUGCCUCCAGUGUCGAAUGGUUCUCUUGGAGUGGAUGAGACGCAAUAAUAGUUGAUUGAAGAGAGUUUCGAUAGAGCCUCCCCAACCUGCCACAGCUCAUGAAGGGCAAACCACUCGUAAGGGUCCUAGCUAUGCACUCGGCUUUCACAGCAUUGGUUGCAAAGAAGGAAUUUCAGAAGGAGAAGGCUAGAGCACGUCAAAUGGUACCCGCACCCCUGACCCCUGCCUACGGGAUCUCGCUGCCCGUAUUGUCUGAUGCAUUACGAUUCCAGUGGUGGCAAUUGAGCAAUUUCCAUUAUUGACCAAAAUUUAGAAGUAGCUUCAUGGUAAGAUCUUUUCCUUAAACGCACAGAACUC